AUGAGCCCAAAAGCCCCAGCGGCCUCAGGGGACCCCCUGGCCGAGCUCAUUACCACGUACAACGAGCUCAACGGCGCUUUCAUCGACGAGUUGGACGAGGAACCGAGCCCCCUCGAGUUUAUGCGCUAUGUCGCCCGCAACACGCCCUUCGUCGUCCGCGGGGCGGCGUCCUCCUGGCAGUCGAACAGGAAGUGGGAUAAGGAGUACUUGGUGCAGAUGUUCAAGGAUCAGACCGUCAACGUCGCGGUGACGCCGUUUGGCAACGCCGAUGCCCCGACUGAGCACGACGGGGACGUCGUCUUCGCAAAGCCACAUGAAGAAGACCAAGACUUUGAAGAGUUCAUCAACUACGUAAUCAACCAAGAAAGGAGCAGAGACACAACCUCGGAAGUCCGAUAUGCCCAGACCCAAAACGACAACCUCCGCAACGAAUAUCUCCCCCUCUCCCCCCAGGUGCCGUCCUCAAUCCCCUUUGCCCGCAUCGCCCUCGACCGCGACCCGGAUGCCGUGAACCUCUGGAUCGGCGCCUCGCGCUCCGUCACCGCGCUGCACAAGGACAACUACGAGAACAUCUACGUUCAGGUCCGCGGCCGCAAGCACUUCGCCCUCCUCCCGCCCUGCUGCCACCCCUGCGUCAACGAGAGGGCCCUUACGCCCGCGACUUACGUCCGUCGGGACGGCCGGCUGGAGCUGGCCCUCGACCGUGCCGAAGACGGGGUCGGCGGACCACCGGACGCGGUUCCUUUCGCGACGUGGGACCCGGAUCUCCCAGGCGUCAAUGCGACGCCCUACUCCCGCCUCGCCGAGGCCGUCCGAGUCACCUUGGAGCCGGGUGACAUGCUCUAUCUUCCCGCUAUGUGGUAUCACAAGGUUUCGCAGUCCUGCCCUGAAGACGGAGACGGCUUUGUCCUGGCCGUCAACUACUGGUACGACAUGGAAUUCAGUGGACCGCUAUAUCCCAUGAGCGCCUUUGUCCGAAACGUCAGCCUCCAAACGACAUAG